AUGAAGUACAUCAGAACCGAUCAAUCCUUGGCCAUUCCAGAGGGUGUUAAAGUCCAAAUCAAGUCCAGACUUGUCACUGUUACUGGUCCAAGAGGUACCCUCUCUAAGAACUUGAGACACAUUGAUGUUACUUUCACCAAGGUCUCUAACAAGGAGAUCAAGAUCACUGUCCACAACGGUGACAGAAAGCACGUUGCUGCCUUGAGAACCGUCAAGUCUUUGAUCGCCAACUUGAUCACCGGUGUCACCAAGGGUUACAAGUACAAGAUGAGAUACGUCUAUGCGCAUUUCCCAAUCAAUGUGAACACUAUUGACAAGGAUGGUGACAAGUACAUCGAGAUCAGAAACUUUUUGGGUGACAAGCAAGUUAGACUGGUUAAGGUGAGAGAAGGUGUUGAUGUUGAGUUCUCCGCCAACCAAAAGGAUGAGAUUGUUCUCUCUGGUAACUCUGUUGAGGAUGUCUCUCAGACUUGUGCUGAUGUUCAACAGAUCUGUCGUGUUAGAAACAAAGAUAUCAGAAAGUUCCUCGAUGGUAUCUAUGUCUCUGAAAAGGGUACCAUUGUUGAGGACGACUAA